CCGCAAUUCUGGACAAACAAAACCUCUUAGAAGAUCUGCAAGUGUAUAGAGAAAUGAACUCAUGUAAACCUAUAGACAAGUUAGCGGUCAUUCUGAUAGAUGUCCAGCAGGCAUUUGUUUCUGGCUCCUGGUCAAUGGGAAUGGCUGUGGAGCGGAUUAGAGAGAGCUUUGGGAAGUGUGAGAAACUGAUUCAAUCCUUGUCACCUACUAUUCCUGUUCUUUUGACUCAGUGUCCCUUCAUCAAUCCAAAGGACAGAGCAUUCCACACCAGUGUGAAGAAAAUAUUUAAAGAGAGGAAUUAUCCUGUUGUAUAUAAAUAUGGCACCAAUAUCAUGGAGGCAGAUGGGGCAGAGAACUGGGUAGAAAGUAUGUUGGAGAGACAAGUUGAUGCUGUUGUCCUUGGAGGGUGUACAACCACCAGUUGUGUACGAGUUUCUUCCUCAGCGUUGGUUCGAAACUUUAAACAUGCCCCUGUCCAGUUUAUUGUGGACUUAAGUCUAUGUGGAGCAAGAGACAGUAACUAUAUUAAGAGAUGUAAAGCCUGUAUGCAGAUUUACAUGCAGACGGGAGAAACCAGGAACUGCGAACUCUGUGUAAACUCUACAGAAGGCUUGACAUCACCUGUAGAUAUGGCAGUGGAAUACAUGUUAAAUGCUGGUGUCAUAGUCAAGGAACACUUUGAUUGGUCAGCAUAUUUGGUUUAAACUGUUUGAUCUAAAAUAUAUACUAUUUCAUAGAUUUGUACCUGCAAUUGUCUGAGGUGGUUUAGUGUUGUAGAAAGGAUAAAACACAUUCCUUUCUCCCCAGCAACCAGGAAUUGAGGUACAUGAAAAUGUACUGAAUAUAACGUAAUGCAAAAUCCAUGUAUAAAAAUUGUUUGAAAGUUUUGUUUAAACUUAUUGUUUACUAAAAAUAAAGUUCUUUUUAUGUUAU